UAAAUCGUAGACUGGUCGUGCAAGCUUCCAGUCUUGCCAUUCAGUGCUUUUUUGUCUUCUGUGACAAACUUCGGUUCCCUUAGAGUUUGCCAACUUUGAGUAGAAGUCGGUAUUACGUAUUAAGCGCAGUGAAAUUCAAAAAAUAACAGUAUAUUGCCCGCUAUUCAGCUAAAUACUGCCUCUAGAAGGAAAAUAACGUGUGUGCGGUAGAAGGUUUAGGCUGGUGUGAUUCGUGAAGUAAAUGUAGUUGUGAACUGCAGCUUCGUCUUUACACUUCGCUGGACUUUGAAGAUCACAAAAGUGUACACUUGAGAAGUAUGAGAAGUCACCAGUUAACACCAGGAAAGGUAGCCGGUCUUUAUUCAGCUAUCGUCCCUCUGUCCACGGAUCCUGUUUCCCCUCCCAUCGCAGAGAAGCUCAGGAGUCCGUCGUACCAGGGCGAAGGCUGGGGAGCCACCGUCCAGGAGGAAAUAACUGAAAACUCCAUUCACAAUCUGCAUGGGAGCAGUCCGCACCUCAAACAGCAGCAGCAAGAGUCGUCUCUUGUGAUCGCCCGCGUUCCCAAAGAGAAACCAACGAUUGCUCCUCCAGUGUUUAUUUUCCAGAAGGCAGAACGACCUCUGAAGAGAUCGGCUGAAAAUUCAAGGCUGGAAAAUGCUGGGUUAGGAGCAAUUUUGGAAAAACGUGGACGGUCAUCUUCAUUUACAUUCUCUGGUUCAGGAUGUCAGUCCCAAGCAGAUUCUUCCAGCAGAGAUAAACGAGUGAGAUCAUCAUCAUUUAACUGCACUGCAACCAGCUUCCCUCCUCAACCAGCACCCCGAAACAAUGUAUUCAUGCCAUCAAGUCUUUCUAUGAUAAAUACAGAAAGAGGGAAUUUUACACCAGAAUCAGUACCUGCUCCAUCAAAUGGUAAGAAGAAUGUGAUCAGACCUGCCACCCUUCCUGCUCCCCAACCACAAAGUAUCACAUUUCCUGCUGCCAAUGAAGCAGCCCCUGGAAGCAGCAUUGGUGCUAGCUGUCUACCCCAGAGAGAUGAAAAAGGACACCAGAAGGUGACACUGGAGACUGUGUGCUUACAAGCAAACUAUGAUGCAAAUAGAGAAUCAGCCUGCAGCCCCUUUCUCCACUUGUCCACAAAGGAAAUAUCAAGGAAGUGCUUGGAUCAGGAAAUGUCUGGAAGAGAAGCCAACCUUGAAUUUGUAUUUGGAGAAAAUAUGAGUGAAAGAGUUUUGAGUCCAGUCAAACCAUCAUUCUCUGAAGACAGCGAAAGUGAUGACUCAUCUGAUGAAGAGACAACAUCCUCCGGAACAGAAUCCUCAUGUUCUGAAACUUAUUGCAAAACAGUAAAACAUCGGACAUUAAGAGAGUCUGCUGCUGCAUACACCGCUGCUUCAAGUCAGAGGUGUCUUCUAGAGGAAGUAGAUGUAUUCACUGGAGAGGAAGAUGAAAGUAAUGUCCUGCAGAUGACCUGCAAGCUCUUUGUGUUUGAAAAAGCCACCCAGACUUGGUCAGAGAGAGGAAGGGGAGUCCUGAGGCUUAAUGACAAAGUGGCGGAAGGUCCUGGCUGUCUUCAGUCUCGUUUGGUCAUGAGAAACCAAGGAAAUCUGAAGUUGAUCCUCAACUCUAGGCUAUGGGCUCAGAUGCAUUUACACAGAGCUUCAAGGAAAAUGUUGCGCUUCACAGCUGUUGACCUUGAAGACCAAACUGUAAGAGUGUUCCUGGUGCAGGCAACCUUAAAGGAAGUUUCACGCUUGUAUGUGGCAAUACAUCACCGUUUAGUACUGCUACAGAACUGUGCUAAAAAAAAUCAGGAGAACCAGUUGAGUCCCAGGAAAUUACAACCACAGUCUGGAGUUCCUGUCCUCAACUAUGAUAGCGAGAAGGAAGAUGAAGAUGACGAUGAUGAGGAGGAAGAAGAGGAGAAGCUUGUCCGCAUUGCCUGCCCCAGAUCUGGUCAGUCAAAAUGGAGUCGAAGUGGGACACGCAGCCAGGCUGGCAUCUGCACAUAACAGGACUCCCUUGUGGAGACAGAGGAGCAUUGUUCUUACAUGGACAAACCUUUACUAAGUAAUGGAAGGCAACAUAUCUUCUUUUUUAUUGAAGACAAUCACUUGUCCUUCAUAAAAGAUUUUCUGUCAUUAUGGAAGAUUCCACACCACUUUACAUAUCCAGCAAAAAAACACACAAAAACCUAAAGAUUGAAAAUAUUCACUGUAUGGAGAUUGCAAAAUUAUGUUUUUUUUAAACACCAACGUGACUGGACGUCUGAAAAGACCCCCUAGCCUUACCAUCCACUGCUAAAAACUGACUGCAGAACAAAGCUCUAUAUAUGUUUUCUGUUUAUAUAUUAAUAUAUGUACAG